GUUAAGUAGUCCGAGCAUCAUUUCAAACCAGCGCUUACAGGGACAUUUUCUCUCUUAUUCCUCUUUUUUCAAUUCUCUCCCCGUCCGGACUGUUUUAGAUGAAUUUUUGUUUUUUUUGUCAAGAGAGGCGCCUAACAACACAACGCUCCCGCGCUCCAGUGAUCGCAACCAUGGAAGCGCCAUCCCGCGUCCGGCGCGACAUACCGGCCGACUACACGGUGCCUCCGUUUCCGUCGCUCUUCUGGCCGCCGCAGUCGGCCAAGAUCAUCCUCUACGAGCUCGACGAGAUGUGGAAGUUCACCCUCUUCUGGACCUUGAUCCUCUACGGCCUCUUCCAUCUGGGCGCCGUCGGCGUGGCCAUGCUGAUGCAGGGCGGCAAGCGCAUGUCCAGCUGGAAGUAUCUCUGGCUAGUCCCCCUGGUCUACGCCCUCAUUGCCGGCGCCGAGGCCCUAAUUGCCGGCACCCUCGUGGGCUUGAUAGUGGGCGCGAGCUACCUCGUCGGCGGGUUCUACAUGUCGACCUGGAUCCCAUUCGUCUGGGGCUGGGUCAACGUCCUUGUUCUCAUUGUCUCUUCGUUUAGGAUCCAGGGCGGUCUGUGACUGUCGACCUCUCGCUCCGUACUCCGUACAGCGUACUCACAUGCUCUCCCGAGGGAUUCGGAACACCCGUUCUGUGUAUGAACGGCUCGUGAAUUGGAUGGUUGCCAUCCGUGCCAAUCGCCCGAAGCAAGGGAUC